CCGCACUCUCUCUCCGCCGUCGCCGUCGCGAGAGCUCACGCGGUGUGCCAGCAGCUUGCGCCGGUAAUUGGCCAUGGCCGCCAUUCACUCUGUCAGAAUGACCCCUCGUUUGUCUCCACUGUUCGGCCCCAGCCGCCGAGCUGCUGGCGUUGCAUCGCGGUCGGCUGGGGACGCGCUUGACUCUUGACUAACACGGUACCACGAUUCCUUUGUCCUAAUAAAAAUCUGCAGCUCCGACGGAUGUGAAAUCCCCUAUAAGAAGCCCCAGCCGUGGCUCCCGCCGCACUUUGCCAUCAACCUACUUACCACAUUCCUGACUCACCUGCACAGCACAGCGGCACCCCCCGUCACCACUGUAGCCACCCACGAACACUCUGCUCCCGGCUCUGUUCCCUACAGACAACGAGCACCACAACCCUACCGCCGUCGAACAUUCAAUGCACAUCAACGAGUUCCCAUACGAAAUCCUUUCCAAGAUCCUCGAGGAAGCGGCCAGCGCCAACCUACGCGAUGGCCCGACAUACACGUUCGGGCUGUCCCAGCCGCCCAUGCCCUUCCAGAGGGCUCCCCUCCAGCGCUACGUGAGGGGUCCCGUCCCGCCCGAGAUGCUCAAGUGGGAUGCCACCUCCGCCAUCCGCCUCGCCUGCCGGGCAUGGCACGAGUGGGCUCUGGAGUAUUCCCUCAAGGACGUCUACAUCCGCCGGUGGAAGGGCGGAGAGAGAUGGGCCGAGCUCUCCACCCGCCGCGAGAACUAUGGGCUCUAUGAGCUGAUCGACAGGCCCACCGGCACCGCCGUCUAUCGCGACCCCUUCGCCUCCCUGAAGCACACCGUUCAGACCUUCGACCGAUUCCCCGGCGUGGCUGCUAAGAUCAAGCGCAUGUGGUUCCAUGGCUUCUACACUGCAGAGACCGACCGGUUGGUGUUUGAGUCUCUCAAGCAUUGCGUCAACCUUACAUCCGUGUCCCUGCCCUGGACCACUAUUCGCCAUAUGGAUGCAAAAGCAUGGCGGACCCUGCUUCUGGGUAACGGCAAGCCGCUCGAGUCUCUCGAGCUGCUCUCUAUCGAUCCCACCUCGCAGCAGGCCUCUGACAAGGAGAACCAAGUCGACCUGCACCCAUUGCAGUCCGUCAACUUUGGUAAGCUCCGUCGUCUAAAACUCUUCGGCGACACUACCUUCAUGCCGAUUACCGACCGUGACCUCUAUGCGAUCGCUCGCACCGCCACACAGCUAGAGGAGUUCCACCUCACCUGCAUCUCUACCGUCACAAUCGAUGGCGUCAUGGCGGUCGUCAAGGCUUCGCGCGAUACGCUCCGGGUUCUUGAGCACAGCCCCAGGUCGCAGGACGGCUUUUGGCAUCCUCAUCCCGGAUCUCCGAGCGGUUCUGAGCAUCUUUGCGAGCUCUUCAGGAGCUGCUCGAAGUUGGAAACACUGUCCAUCUCACUCCCUUCUAUGUGCGCCGAUCUCUUCUCCAACGAGGAUGUCAAGUUCGUUGGCGAUUUGCAAGUGCGGGCACUGCACCUUUGUGGCCACGAGCAUGGUCGGUCUACUCAAGAAGCCACGGAUGCCCUUCAGAAGACGCUUCAGUCAGCCCGUAAUCUGAUCAGCCGGCGCGCCCACAGCAUCAUUCCUCACGAGCUUUACGUCGAGUUAUUCUUUGCGGACUGCAUUUUCGAGCCGUCUGUCAAGCUCGUUCACGGGGACUUCUCUCUAGCACAAGUGUCAUCGGACGGGACUUGGCCGGGCACAUUGCGAGCGAGCGGAAAGGGCCCAUAUGGCAGCAGCGGGCUCUAUGAGAAAGAGGAGGAGGGACCUUUCCAAGCGAUGGACGAAGAAGACUUCCUGGCAGGAGUCCGACGGAGAUACCUGUCUAUCUCCACCUAAUGAGCGAUCAACGAAUGAACGACCAGCUUCAUUUCAACCACAUAUUUGUAUUACGACCAAAACUUACGACCUACGACUACUUGCAUUAGCGAUUGGCGCCUGGAGUUGGACUACCAGGCCGAAGCUGCCACAUCUGGAUUGCAGGUUUAUCAAAAGUUCCUUCGAGUAUUUUAGCGAGUGUGCACCCUCACAAAAGUGGAUUCCCGGGCAUUUGCAUGGGCUGGCCAGGCAUCGCCGCCCCGGUUUACGGAUUCCAGAGCAGACAAAGUAGACAGAAGUUUGAAUGUAUAAUUUUCGAGCCUCC